AUGACCUGUGUUGCUUGGCGGCUGGUAUUCAAGGCUCCCUCUGGCACAGCUCCACCUUCAUCAUAUGCUGAUGUAGCCUCGUUUUACCUGUCGUCUGAUACAGUAAAUGAUGGUACAGAGAGUGUGAUGACAGACUUCUCAUCCGGAGGCCAAAUGUACAAAUCUGCGCUGUUGAAUGAAUGGGGAGUCAACAAAACAUUCUCAGCUGUUCGAUACUCGAUUUACAAGAACGGAGAGGAGGUUGCAUACAUUGUAUUUAAUGGUCAUGGUACAUCUAAAGACACCUGGAUGGACUGUAGUAACAUCCUGUAUUCAAGUUACACAGAUAUUACGACGGUGUCAAAGAACUAUUGUGUUAUUCAAUAUACUUCAUCUACAACAUUUAAGCAUAAUUUCUACAUAAGUGCAACCCAUGGUGGGUGUAGCGCUGCUACUGGAUGGGUUUUUAUCAAAGACUACGGAUCUUUGUCGGGCUGUUCUGCUUGGGCUCCGUACGAUGGAUCUAGGACAAUGCCGUAUGUUGCAUAUUCAACAGCAAGCACAUUGACAACAUGGAAUUCAGGAAACAUGGAUUAUGCAGAUGCAGUUGGAAUAUUUGUCCAAGACUGGCAUAUGACAUUCAAGGGAGUGGAUGGCGUCACGCCCACAGCAGGUAACUUGGAAACCCUUUGGGAGGGUAGUACUACAGAAUACAACGGUGAUGAGACAGUCAAGACAAUCACCAAUGUUCCAGCUGUUUCUUACAAAUCCGCCGUUGUGGAGGACUGGUCAAGCAACUGGACAAUCAUUGACCAGGUGAAAUUUUCAUUCUUCUCCUCUGGGACGGAAGUUGCACACGUUGUCUUUGAUGGAAUUAACUCAGACAAGAAUUCCUGGUUUGCCGUAUCAAACAUCCUGUUUUCAUCUAAGUAUGGAAGUGUAGCUUCGACUGCAACCUCUGCCAGUAUAUCAACAGAUGGGACAAGAACUUUUUCCAUUGUCAAGAACUCGACAAGCUGUGCAGCUUUUGAGGCUUGGAUGUUCGUCCUUGACGAUGCCUCUGGAAGUACUACAUGCUCAUUUGACAACAAUGUGAGGACACGUCCCUACUUUCUGUACAGCAGUGCUGACUCCGUGGGCAUGCCUGAAUCUAGCUCAAGUUGGGAUAGUGUGAACUUUCCGUAUGCCAAUACAUUAGGCAUUUUUAUACAAGGCUGGUUUCCUGUCAUGAAAAUAGCUAAUGGACAGAGUUUGGGUUCUGCCACUGGAAUUUACAAUCUUUGGAGUGGCACGUACACUUUAAAUGAAUACACCGAGGCUGCAUACUCCAUGUCAGCGGGCACUGUUUCCUACAAAUCAAGCAUCGUUGACUCCUGGACGUCCUACUAUAUCCAGGCUGUUCGCGUGUCAUUUUAUGUGUCUGGACAAGAACAGGCGUUCGUGGUGUUUGAUGCUCAUGCGUCAUCCAAAUCUUCCUGGUUCAGUUGUAACAGGAUUCUCUACACAUCCUUCACAGAUCUGUCCAGAGAUACAACUGUGAACUACUGUUCUGUCGCAGGGAACAGUAAUCGAUACUUUUUUCUGGAGGAAACGUAUGGGUCAAGCUGUUCAGAAAAUUUUGGUUGGUUUGCUGUAGUAGAGGGAUCGACAUGCAGAUGGGACUCUAUAGGAACAGUGCCAUAUGCCCUGUAUAGCGAUGCUGGCUUCUCUGAAGCAAACGAUGACAUGGUGGCUGCUGAAACAUUUGCCAUAUCCAUAUCUCGUGACAAUAUGUGUGAUUUAGUAUCAUGCCAGAAUAGUGGCACCUGUUAUGACUGGGGAGCUAGAUGGAAGUGUGUAUGUGCUGGUGACUACUAUGGAGGCAGGUGCCAAAAUUUGGAUGGAGGCUGGACUGACUGGACGGCAUGGACAGACUGCAGUACUACAUGUUAUGCACAAGGGACACAAACACGAGAGAGGACAUGUUCGAACCCGACAACAGCUGGGGAUGGAAUCUAUUGUCCAGGCUACCACAAUCAGACCGAGUUCUGCAUACCAUCUAAUCUGGACAUUUGUACCUUUCAACUCAGUUCUUAG